GCCGACGCGCGGGCUGCUCGCUUUGCCCGACACGCGGGUCUUCGCAGCCGUGCAGUAUCGCCCGCCAUGGCCUCUCCGAGGGUUCCUGUCACGCUCCUGCUGCUCGUCCAGGUGGGCUUCGCCGUGAGCCUUGAGGCCAUCCAGUGCCCGCCGUGUUCCGAGGAGAAGCUGGCCCGCUGCAGGGCGCCUUCCGGCUGCGAGGAGCUGGUUCAGGAGCCCGGCUGUGGAUGCUGUGCUACUUGCGCCCUGGCCAAAGGGAUGCCCUGCGGGGUCUACACACCUCGCUGCGGCUCUGGCUUGCGAUGUUAUCCACCGCGGGGGAUGGAGAAGCCCUUGCACACGCUCAUGCACGGCCAAGGCGUGUGCAUGGAGCUCUCUGAAGUUGAAGCUAUCCAAGAGAGCAUCCAGUCCACAGAGCAGGAAGAGGUUGACCUCCCCCCGACCAACAGCUUCAGCCCCUGCCUCAGCCAUGACAGAAAAUGCCUCCAGAAGCAGCAAGCAAGAGCUCGUGAGCGGAUAAACAGCGGUGUCAAGAUGAGGAACAGUGGGAACCCGCUUGCCCGGGAGGAGACCCGGCCUGUGGUCCAAGGCUCAUGUCAGAGUGAACUUCAGAGAGCGCUGGAGAGGUUAGCAGCUUCUCAAACCCGGACUCAUGAGGACUUAUACGUAAUACCCAUCCCCAACUGUGACCGCAAUGGGAAUUUCCACCCCAAACAGUGUCACCCAGCACUGGAUGGGCAGCGAGGGAAAUGUUGGUGUGUGGACCGGAAAACCGGAGUGAAAUUGCCCGGAAGUGUGGAGCUGAAGGGAGAACUGGAUUGCCAUCAACCCACAGAGGGGGUGCAGGAGUGACAGAACCCGUGAUAAGUGGACAAUAAAGCUUUCCUUGAUGAAUGGCCAAGGAAACGAAUGGUGCUGUUUAAGCAGAUGGAGCACAAAUGGGAAUGCUACCGUAAUACCUUUAUUUUUUUUCCUGAGGGGGAACAAUAAUGGCAGUAACCGCUGUCCCUCCUUGUGUAACUACAUUAAUCCAAGCAAUCCACACUGCUCUGGUGUAUAAUUGGAUAGCUAUUUGCAAACAUGGUUCAUCUUCACAGACUUUGGAAACUGCAUUCCAUUUGAGUGGCCACCAGUGAUAGAAACAGACCUACAAGCUUUGAGUACUCUGAUGGGUCUCGUGAGAGUUUCCCCAAGUAGACCUGCUUUUGCUUUGGCACAAACCUCUGGAGAACUGUUUCUUCUUCAAGGGUUUCUGCUGAGAACAGGCAAAUAGGGAUGGAUCACAGAGGGACUUUUAUGCAGCUUUUGGGGAACUUCCCAAAAAAGCAAGCAGACAAAAAGAUGCCUGGACCUUUGCCCAUCCUGAUGUAUUCUUACUACUUUGGGGCAAGGGAUGAAUUAAAUUGAGGGGGCUGAGCUAGGCUUAUUGGGAAAGCCUCAAUUUCCAGCCAGGACUCAGUAGAGUUCAGCCCUGGUGCUUCUUUUCAGUGCUGUGGCUCAGUUCUGGAAUCUGUGAAGCAAUAAUAAAGAACAGAGUGCUUCUGAACAUGUGAAAAGGGCAUCCUUCAAACUAAAAGAUCAUACACAGUCUGCUGUCAGCUCCACAUUUCUGGAACACAUUGUAAGGUUACAAAUGGUGGAGCUUUGAAGUAGGGUUUCGAAGCUCCUCUUUUCUUUGUUUUCAUGUAAAGAGUUAACUUUGGUUUUCAGGUCAUGUUAAAAAGCAGAAAGAGGACUGCAUAAGCAGGGAAGUCCAGAUCAUAAAAUAAAAACUCCAAGUUUCUGGAUCAUCAGUUAUUUAUCCUUCAUUGUAAGUAAACAAACAGUAAAGAAAACAAAAGACUAUAAUCUGCAUGAUAUUCCAUCACUCUCUGAGUAGUGGGACAUUCACGAUCACCUUACUUUGGAGGAGAGAGAACUGAUGGUAGAUGCACAGUUUGGCACACCCAGAAAUUCAGCUUUCAUUAAAAACUCUUUUUGAAAAAGAAAAGCAAUUUUCUAGAGCUUUCACUUGCAUGGAUGUGCUCAAAACUGUGUAAGCAGUAACUCUGAGCAAGAUUUUGAUUGGCAGCCAACUGGGCUUUGGCACUCUGUCCCUCCCCAUGGCCUGCAGAAAUAAAUAAGGAAAGGCUGGAUGUAUGAAGAGGGCCUAAUCUGCAUGGGCAGCAGAAUUCUGCUCUACUGGGCACUGAAUUUGCUUUCUGCUCCAACAGUCUAGGUACAGAGACCACUCCAGCAGUGCAGAGAUAGUGGUGCUUCCACACCAAAAUCCAGACAUGCACAGUUAGGCUGUUCCUGCCCAGCCUUUGAUUCCUGUACUCAGUACUGCUGGAAAGCAGCUUGCUGUCCUGCAGUCUUCUCAAUUUCUAUGCAUUCCAGGUAUGGCAGUGUGGACAGCAGCACCAUCAGAUACUCCUUGCAGUGGGAUAAUGGUUUCCUUUCCCAGAUGAAAUUGCUCCCAUGGGCAAGAGGACUUUACCUGCUAGACAGUUCUCUGCCAGACACAGUGUGGCCCUAGUAACUUUAUUUCCUUCAUCCAGACAGGCAAGUGUUAAGAAAGGGGAUCUCGUGGAUCUCUGUUUAGGGAUCAGCUCCUGGGCAUUCUAUGGGGUAAAGGUUUUCUUGCAGAAUCAGCCGGAUCAUGUGCUGUAGUGCUUGCUGGUCUGCACCCCUUCAGACUGUGGGUUGGAAGGAAUUAAGUUUCUGUGCUAUCCCAUACAGAAACUUUCAGCAUAUGGGUAAGCGGCAUGGUAGGGGAAAAUGUCAGCUGAAGCCCUUCUUCCCAAAGCAUCUUUAUGCUAAAUAGAGAUCGUUUUAAAAAUAAUUAUUGCUGUUACGACAUUUAAAAAGUUGUGCAAAGAUAGCAUGUCAGACGGUAAGAACAACAAAAAGCAUAAUCCAAGACAGCCUCUGAACAACACCAAAAAAGGAACAAAGGAUAAACAGGAAAGGAACAAAGAAGACAAGGAACUUAAUCAUUCAUAACUUAAAGGGAAAAAUAGGGUUGCACUUAACAUGAUUAUUCUUGUUCCAAAAUUUUUUAAACAAGGACCAUCACCGAACAAAGCUGUCAACUUGAUAUCUAGCAGAGCAAUCCUGUUCAGGAAGUGAGGAGAGGAGCAAAUUGACGGAUCAUCCCUGCCUGUUUGUGCUGGCCAGCGCAGAAGGUGGGAACAGCACUUUCCCUCUGAUUUCACUUGGUUGGGUUACACCUCUGGGUUGAUUGCCCUGCAGCAGCCUGGGGGUCUGUAUUGAUAUAUUGCACCAAGCACCCAGGCACAGGGCCUUCCUGUGCUAUUGCUGAAAGGGGAUGCAGAGUGGAAACUCUGUGUGGCUGGGAGGAGGAGUCAUUCACUCAAGCACAGGGCUGCCAAUUCUUGGGUUAAACUACCCAUGAUGUCCAAUCAAGCCAGGGUGCUAUCAUGAAUCUAAAUUAGUAUCUCCAUGGAUGCCCAGGACAGUGACCUUUCUUUUGUGUGCUACAUGGUGAACUUAACCAUGCGGCUGGUGACAUUUUGUAGUAGCACAGUUUAGACGUGGAAAAACAUGAUUCUUGUCUGUAGGUAAUGAAAAUCACUGCAGUUGACACUGAAAAAGUGGUGGUACAAGUGUGAUAAAAAUACACUGGGUAUUUCCUGUAAUGCAGUUGGUGAAAAGUGACAUACACCAUGCCAUGUUGUGGCCCUUUGUUUAAGUUAUGCUUCCUGCUGUAUAAUCCCACCACUGGAGCACUCGGUAUAUUUGUUUUCAAGCAUGAAGAAUAAUCUCACCCCACCUCCUACUGCCCUGCUGUUGUUUAAAAUUAGUGUGCAUGUUUGAAUAAUUUGCUGGCUGUGCGCUGCUCUGCUGAGCACAGCCGGCACUGUAGGGUUCACCCAGCCACACUGCUAUGUAUGAAAGAAUGUGCAAACACACAUCUGGCUGUUUCCACCAUGGCUCCCUGUCCUCAGGCAUGAGGCAUGCCUCCCUCCAUUGUAUGGAGAGAAGAUCUUGUGCUCCUGAUGCUGGAACAGGGCUUGCAACUGUAUUGCACUAAACAGACAGCAUGACACACGUCCUUUGGCCUUAGAAGAUGACUGUGAAAUGCAUUUACUCUUGUGUGUUACUAAUGUGCUUAAAUCUACCAAUAAGUGGCACUGUGAGCAAAGGAUACUGAACUGCUUUGGGGAGUACCCUUAAACCACAUUGUGAAAAUUGCAACUCCAUUCCUGAAAAAUAGAUGAUUAUUGUACCAUAGAAUCAUACAACAGGCCUCUAUAAGGCCUCUGAGUGCAACUCCCUGCUCAGGGCAGGACCACAAGUUAGAGCAUCACACCCAACCAUCCUUAGGAAUUCAAAGCAGAAUAUGAAGAACUAGUUUCUCUUUUUACCAAGAUGGAUCAACUCUAUCAAUUAGCUCAGUACUGCCCACCAGUGGCUGUAGAAGCUCUUAACCAAAGCUCUUUUGCUGCUUAAUUCCCUGAGAUAUCUAGUACAGCUAGAGAUGAAAGGCACAAGCUCUUGUAUGUUCAGAUGGAAAACAUUUCUACAGUCCCCAGCAUUCCUCAGCCAGUAGCCCUUGCUGGGGAAUCCUGGGAAUUGUUGGAUUUUUUUUGACUAAACGUGCAUAGGAUCACACUCUAAAGCUCUAGCUGGAGGCUCUGGGUCCACAAGUCUGAUGCCAAGCCACAUUACUCCAGUAACCUACAUCUCUCUGAGAAAAGGGGGCAUGUGAUAUUAGCACCAUCAUGUCCAGAAUUAAAUCCAUUGUCACCACACACCGUCUUUUAACACCUAGUUAAAAGUGUUCAAAAUAUCAUUUUUUACACUUUAGAAUGAUGACCUAUCCUUGUAGGAGACAAGUAAGGGCUGGUCUACAUGUUACUUAUCUUUCAGCGUGGAGGCUCUCUUCAACCCACCAGGCUUUUGCAUACAAUUAGUGCUGUGAUUAUUUGCUAAUAUAUUGGUCGCAAUGUUUUUAAUUGCUGUGAAUUUUUUUGCUCUUAAUUGGUUUUUUAACUUUUUAAAAAUAUUUUGAUUGUUGUACAUUGCUUAAUUGGAGCAUUUCUUGGAAAAGCUAUUUAUAAAUGGUAAAAUAAAGGAUAAAUAAAAAACCA